AGAUAUAUACUACAUUCUAAGGAGAAGAUAACAGAGAAACGGCUGGCAUUUGUUGACAGCUUCCAACCUUCCCCUACUUGGUCUUUAGGACUCCAGACCAGGUCGGGGUUUUUUGGGGCUGUCUCCUUCUCUGCGAUGCUUGCAUGCUUCAAUUAGUAGGCGGCCAUCCGCCAUGGCCGACAAGUUGACUUUGAAUUGAUUGUUUUGAUUGGAAAGGUCGAAUCUUUGAUCAUUUUUUAUUCCAAAGAUCGAAUCUUUGGCCAUUUAUUAUCUCUCUCGUAAGCUUUUGGGCUUCAGGGUGUGGAAUUUUGCUUGGUUUCUAGCGGAGUUCUUCGUUAGGGUUUUGGAGACUGAGAAGAAGAAUUCUUCUUUGUGGAUUCCGUGAUUGUUUCCUUCGAUGGAUUCUUUUGCAUCGGGGAUUCUGUUGAUCGGAGACUCCAAGGAUCUAGCUAGUUGGUUUAGGUUUUAUUCUCUUUAUAAACAGGAGCAGAGUGUCCGGCCAAGCAUUGGCAGGAGGCAGUGAGGAAGGUAAUUCGAAUCCAUUUAGUGGCUACGAUGGAUAAAGGAGUUGAUCAGAAGAGAGUGGUAUCUGAUGGCCGCCUCUUUCGUAGAUUGAUUCGGAGGCAAAUGGCAGAAGAUGCUUCUUUGAAUGCAGAUAAGGCUUCAUUGAGCUCGAAAGGAGGGAUUUUUGAAACAUCACAGGAGGACAUGGUUUGUAACAAAGCUAUCGAUGAAGACAUUUCGGUGAAUCCAGAGGAGUAUGUUAGAGAUACCAGUGCUUUGUUAAGCUUGCAGCCAUGGAUCUUCAAGAAGGAGAGGAUUGAAAAAAAUGGUGAAAUGGGUGACAAAAGUGGCUGUACUGCAAAUGCCUUGCCACCUGAGCCUUCUCCAAGGAGUAUUGGUCUCGGAUACAAGCAAUGCAGAAAUACAAGCUCUCUUAGAAGUAGGCAGUCUCAAAGAUAUGGUCUUAAGCCCCUUACUUCAAUAGAGGAUUGCCUUAUACCUCAACUUUAUCAAGAACAUCUAGAAGUUGAAGAAUAUCUAUUUACAUCGAUGUCAUCUUCUCCUGCAUCAUCCAGUAGGCCAUUCAUUGUAACUGAUGGGGAUAGAGUGAUCAGCAAGUCAGGAUAUGAUUCUUCAAGCCUACAACCUGGGAAUGGAUUGCUUAAGAAUGCUGAUGAGGUGAGCUAUGGCGUACUAUCAGAGGAUGGGCUGCACAAGGACAACCAUGGGGGCAUCAGCUUGGGUAUGGGGAGAACUGUGGUUGGGGUUCCUCCUCUUCUGGAAUCAAGAAGACAGAAAAGAAAAAGCAGGGAGAUGCAGUUGGAAAAAUUGGGGAUUGCUGGAUCACAAAAAUCUCACAGACUUUCACAUUCACAAGGUUCUUUUGAUGGAGUUCUUUUUUGUCUUGGAAUCAGUAUUGGUAUAGCAUUUGCUAUGCUCUCAAAUAAAACAGAAAUAGAGGGAUUAAACAGUUUAUUGGAACACACUAAAGACUUGGUUCAAGAUUUACAGGAGGAGCUGGACAUGAAAGAUUCGCUGACUGUGAAGGAACUUUCUAAAGAACGUUGUCAAAGCCAAGAAGUUAACUGUUAUUCUGAAAUAGAAGAAUCUGUACACUCAUUCCAGAAUCAAUAUCCAGCAUUUCAUCUUGCUCCACAGGAAAGAGAUGAUGGCUGCCCUCAUUUUCCUGUGUCUGCGGGGAAUUCAGAAUCACUGAGUAAAAUUGAAGCAGAACUUGAAGCUGAACUCGAGAUAUUGGAACGGAACAUGAAAGCUUGUAAUCUGCAGAGGAGGAAGUCUGAUCUUAGCGAGCUUGAUCCAGACCUAAUAGGAGAUGUCAUUCAUGGGGAAUUAGGAGCAGAUAUUCCUGACUCCACAUCUCAAAAAGGUCAGACUGAUGCAACCAGCAGCAGCACCUUAACACCUCAAGCUCGUGCAAAUCAUCCAGUUUCACCUAAGGAACUCCGUUUACGCCUCCAUGAGGUGAUCCAAUUCAGGCUAGAGGAACAGAUCAAAGAACUAGAAACAGCACUUGAACAAAGCCAGAGACAGCUCCAGAUAUUGGAAACGGGGGUGUGCUCUCGAAGAACCUUCUCAAACAGUGAUAUAGGAUCUUCUUCUGCUCUUGGCAGUCCAACUCUAAUAGAACUGGAUGGUGCUUUGGUGCAUCCACUGUGCCUGAAUCUGUCUGGAGAUGCAUUAGGUGCAUAUGAUGAAGCUUAUGAAGAGUUCAUGUGCAUAGCUGAGGAGGAUGAGGAUGACAACCUGCCAUCAUCCACUUCUAGAGUGGAACAAAUUGAUCAGGAUAGGUUGUGCCGUCCUGAUCAGAGUCUGAUUUGUGAUCACGAAAGUGGAGAGGCUAAAAAGUUAUUGGAAUUUAAUAACUAUUUCAAGAAGGAGCCAGCACAGGAGCAGAUAUUGAAGAGGAUCGGAUCUAGUCACACUGUUGGAAGUGAUGGAGAAGAUAGUGAUGAUUUUUUUGACGAGGAAGAAGAGAUGUUGAUCCAACAAAUUGUGGAGAAAAAGAGACAAGGUUCUUCUGUUUUACUAAAUGCUCAAAGAAUGUUCUUUUACCUAAAUGACUAACUAUUCUUUGUGGAUAGCUCAGUUAAGAAAAAAAAUAUUAUCAUUAA